CGGCGGUUGGGAAGAGCCCUGGGUGAAGACUUCGAAGGAAGAGCAAGAGGGAGAGCUCCAGCGGUGGGCGGGCGGCGCAAAGCCGGCCCUGCCGCGCUGUUGCCCGGGGCGCGCGCCGGGGGAAGCCCCAUAUCCUGGGACCCCGUCCCGGGGCGAGGCGCCCGGGCCUGCGAUGAGCUCUCCUCCGCCUGCCCGAAAGGGCUUUUACCGCCAGGAGGUGACCAAGACAGCCUGGGAAGUGCGCGCCGUGUAUCAGGACCUGCAGCCCGUGGGCUCGGGUGCCUACGGCGCAGUGUGCUCGGCGGUGGACAGCCGCACAGGCACCAAGGUGGCCAUCAAGAAGCUGUACCGGCCUUUCCAGUCGGAGUUAUUCGCCAAGCGCGCCUACCGAGAGCUGCGCCUCCUCAAGCACAUGCGCCACGAGAACGUGAUUGGGCUGCUGGAUGUGUUCACUCCUGAUGAGACCCUGGAUGACUUCACAGAUUUCUACCUGGUGAUGCCGUUCAUGGGCACUGAUCUGGGCAAGCUCAUGAAGCACGAGACUCUGAGCGAUGACCGAAUCCAGUUCCUCGUGUAUCAGAUGCUGAAGGGGCUGAAGUAUAUCCAUGCUGCUGGCAUCAUCCACAGGGACCUGAAGCCCGGCAACCUGGCUGUGAACGAGGAUUGUGAGCUGAAGAUCCUGGACUUUGGCCUGGCCAGGCAGGCAGACAGUGAGAUGACAGGAUAUGUGGUGACUCGAUGGUACCGGGCACCUGAGGUCAUCUUGAAUUGGAUGCGUUACACACAGACAGUGGACAUCUGGUCGGUGGGCUGCAUCAUGGCGGAGAUGAUUACUGGGAAGAUACUGUUCAAGGGCAGUGACCACCUGGACCAGCUGAAGGAGAUCAUGAAAGUGACAGGGACACCUCCUGCAGAGUUUGUACAGAAGCUGCACAGUGCUGAGGCUAAGAACUACAUGAAGGGCCUCCCCGAGCUGGAGAAGAAGGAUUUUGCCUCUGUCCUGACCAACGCAAGCCCUAUGGCUGUGAACCUCCUGGAGAAGAUGCUGGUGCUGGAUGCAGAGCAGCGGGUGACCGCAGCUGAGGCCCUGGCCCACCCUUACUUUGAGCCCCUGAGGGACACGGAGGACGAGCCCAAGGCCCAGAAGUAUGAUGACUCCUUUGACGAUGUGGACCGUACCCUUGAGGAAUGGAAGCGUGUCACUUAUAAAGAAGUACUCAGCUUCAAGCCUCCCAGGCAGCUGGGGGCCAGGAGCCCCAAAGAGACAGCUCUCUGAAGACCCCUAAGUGGCGUGGGGACACCCAAGGGCCCAGGCUGGGGCUUCACAAGCUCCUUGUCUCCCUUCCUUGGGAGGGGAAUUCUGAUUACCACUCUGGCCUUGCUUGGAGAGACUGAGUAGACCCCUUGAUCUGUGGAUCCCCUCUUUCCCCAGGCCUGUUCCUCUGCUCUCAAGUGUUCCCAGCUAACCUUGGUGGAGCACUUGAGCAUUCUGCACAGGACCCCUACCCCAUGUGGGGCUGGCAUUUGGCCCCUGAACAGCACCCCCUCCAACAGGGUGCAGCAAAAAGCCUCAGAACUGGUCAAGCUCAGGGUCUGAGCCCUGCCUGCUAUGAACUGUGCAGAGGCCAGCUCUUGAGAGGAGGGAGAUGGAGGGCAUGGGGCACUGACCCAGGGACACCAUCCCUCCUUGGGGGUGCUGUGGACUCUGCACUCCCAGCUUUGAAUGUAAACCGACCAUUUGGUGUGCUCACCUGGCGGAAGGAAAUAAACUCUUUUGUAGACCUCCCACUCUGGCUGUUCAACCUGAUGCCUGAGCCCCACUUCAGGCCCUUGAGCUGCUGCCCUGCUUAAAGAAAGGAGGUGCCCUGAGCUAAACCCUUCUGAACCAGUGGAGGCUCCAAGCCUACCCCUUCCCGAGCCAGGGCUGGUGCCUGCCUCCCCAGCCAGUCUGGUUAGGGCUUGACCCCCUCCUUUCUUGUGAGAUGACUUUCCUUUCAUU